AUGGAAUCCCUCGACGCCUGCCUGGCCGGCAACCACGACGGCCUCCAGGUCUACGCCUCCUGCAUGGAGCUCAACGGCGAGAACAUCAUCUUCCUCACCAAAGUCAUCGCCUUCACCCAGCAGUGCCAGCGCGCCUUCGCCGACGCCUGCCGCUCCACCGCCGAGUUCCGCCGAGCCCGCACCGCCAUGUUCCGCGCCGGCCUCAGCAUCUUCGUCUCCCUCGUCCACGCCGGCACCGCCUCCUACCCCAUCAACAUCGAAUCCCACAUCUACGCCCGCCUCGACGCCGUCUUCGGCCCCGCCACCGCCCUCGUCGCCUCGGCCAAACAGUCCCGGUCGCCCAGCAUCGCGUCCCCCAACUCCAAGGUCACCCCCUGGGACGACCCCGCCGACACCUCCUCCGCCGCCAGCACCACCGCCGACCACGACGACGGCCCCACCAACAAGAACAACAACAACGACAACAACAACAACAACAACAGCAACACCGCCGCCACCGGUGUGUACUUCGACACCGUCGCCGAUAACGACGCCAUCGCCGAAAACUCCUACCCCAUGCGCCCCAUGGGCAAAGGCUCGCGCAACGAGAGCAGGGAGCACAUCGUGCACGUGCGCGAAAACGAAGUCGGCGCCAACCCACGCGGCGGCGACGGCGACGGCGACCCGCUCGAGGGCGUCGCCGUGCCGGGCGAGUUCGACGAGCGCGUCUUCGACGCCGCCUUCAAGAGCGUGCGGUUCAUGGUCUGGACGGAGACGUGGCAGCGCUACAUGCACUGGAAGCGGAGGGAGGGCAGCGUGGUGGGGGAUUAG